GGAAUUCAUAUCGUCAACACAAUACAUACCUGUCAAAAGCUGGGAGUGGCAUACGCGGUAAUAACGCCCAAAUACGUGCCCUUUUUGGCAUCUCCCCCCUCGUUUAAUUACCAAAAGGGCAAACCCUAGCCUCCAUGCCCUUUUUUGUCAAUAAAAAUAAUUCCCCUCCGCCACCAAAUCCUUCGCCGUUCGAAUUCAUCUCCGUUCCUUCUCCCAAUCGUGCAAUCGAGGUUGGAUCUCGUCGCAUCUCGUUCUCCUCUAUCGAUCUAUACCUCUUUUAGGAUCAUCCGUGAGGCGUAUCCGUUUCUAGGGUUUCCGCUUCAGAUCUGAGGUUUCCAGCUCGGAUCUGUGAAAUUCCGGCUGUACGUCGUCAGAUCUGUUUGUCUCUGGGCUUGUCCCUUUCCGAUUGGCCCGGUUUCGGCCUCUUCGGUCUGCGAUUUUCUUGUCGAGGUUCCUGUCUUUCUUGUUCCGAUAUAAUCGUGUCAGAUCUGUAGAUCCGUUGAGUUUCUGGCUGUGUCCGAUGACAAUCGUUGUUGUCGGUUCUUGAUUCGGCUUAAUUUUUGAGAUUUGACCGAGAACUACCAGAUCUAGGGUUAGGGUUCCGCCGGAAAUUGGGGCUUCUGAAUUUUUUUUGGGGCUUUCUUCCUCCUCUUCAAGAAAUCGGCCUUCCGAUCUCGAUCCUCCCUUAAUUCGAAGGAUUCCGUCUGGAUUGAGCCAUCUGCCGUAUCAAUCGAAGAAAACUUUUCUUGAGCUCGAAGAUGGUGCAGAAGCGGCCUUUCGAUGAUGAGGAGCAGUAUGAAAUCUCUUCUAAGCUCCCUAAGCAACUAAAACACAAUGACCAGCUUCCUCUGUUCUCUGAAAUCAACCCUUCUGAAGAUGGGCGCCAUGCAGUCGAUGCUACAGGUGAGGGCGGAUUCAAGGAUAGAGAAGAAGUUCACGAGAAGUUUGCUGGUGAUCACUCAGUGAACCCGCCAGUGGAGUAUGAGGAGGAUACUGAUUACAGCGAAGAGGAUGUCCAAUUGCAUGAACCAUUCCAUGUAUCGUUCUUCCCGGAAUAUUUCUACCCUGAGCGUGGAGUUAGGACGUUGACUCGGCAUGAGGAUAUCUACUCUCUGCAUUUGCAACAUCCUCCUCUGAAGCCAGUUCCCAUUGGAUUGAAUUACCAAGCAGAUAUUCCUGCUUGGAACCCAAAUGGAGCGAAGGAGAGUUCCUCUGAUUUUUGCUCAUCAUCUGAAGUACUUUUAGUCUAUGAAAACAAGGACUUUUCUGGGGAUUCUGUGAUUCCAAUGCCUGAUACUGAAUCGUCCCAAGAUGAAGUUGGGGCUGGUAGAAGCGAAUGCAGGUGCCAUGAUAAGGGUUCCAUAAGAUGUGUUAGGCAGCAUAUUGUGGAAGCCAGAGAUAAACUUAAGAGAUCCCUUGGGACAGAAACGUUCGAGGAUUUAGGGUUCCUUGAUAUGGGGGAGCAAGUAGCGGGGAAAUGGACUGAAGAGGAAGAGCAAUUAUUUCAUGAAGUUGUCUUCGCUAACCAGCCCUCUAUUGGCGGGAACUUCUGGAACAUUUUGUCCUCAGCAUUCCCUUCGAGAACUAAGAGGGAGAUUGUAAGUUAUUACUUUAAUGUAUUUAUGCUCCGAAGGCGUGCUGAGCAGAACAGAUUUGACCCGUUGAAUGCCGACAGUGAUAAUGAUGAGUGGAGAGCAAGUGACGAGGAUGAUGAUGACUCUGUUGUUGAAUCUCCUGAUCACCACGUUGGUGUGAAUAAUAGCUUGGAAGAUGAUGUGAAUGAGUAUGAUGAGGAUGCUGCAGAUGAGACUUAUGAUAAUGAAAAUCUUGCUUUUGAAACUGUCAAGAAGGGCUAUGAGGAUGAGAAAGAUCAUAUUACCUCCAAGCUUGAUGACAGAACUUGGGACGACAGAGGAGAUCGGGAUCACCAAGAGGCACAGGAUGAUUCUUGUACGUCCUUCGACAAUGGGGCUGCUUCUGCUUCUUCAGGGGCCCAGCUGAAGGAUGAGAAUCAGGAUCGGUGGCCCAGCAGCUACAACGGGUUGAACAAUGGCAGCAGCGGGCACGACUAUGGGCUCGAGCCCUGUGAUGCUAAGCUGUGGGAUGUUGGAUAUGUGUCUUGUCCUAAAAGGGAUGUUGAUUUCUUGCCCACUUGCAGCAUGAUCGAAGAGGUUUUCGGUGACGGAUCUUGGAACUGCAAAAUGGAUGGGAAAGGUCCUUCCUUUUAACUACCUUUUGACCCGCAAAUUGGGAAGCAUGAUUUCUCUCUCCCGUCUUUGCCCUUUGUAAGUUCUUUACUUCUGUUAAAUGUAGGGGUAGCUGAAAAAUUUUCCAUUAUGUGAUUGAUCGCCUGUGGUGGGAAUUCUGCCUUCCUUGUAAGAUAGUAUUUUAGGAGGCGAUCAGGGUUUUGGGUUAUGAAGGGCCGUAGCUGAUAGUUGUACAAUAUCUGUAGCUGUUUUGAUUUUUCUCAUCUGCUGUCCUCCCGAUUGCUCUGGUUGGAUCGACCCGACUCCUGACUUUCGUGAAGACAUUUCGCCUUCGGGGAGGAUACACUUUGGGUGUUUGGGUUCAGAGACAAUGACGAUAGACAGUUCGAUGGUGUAACUGCCCGAGUAGGUUUUCCUUCCGUGUGGGAGAAGAGCAACUGUAUAAGGCUUCUCAGAUUUCUCUCAUAUGCACUCUGUAAUAAGAAAUUGACUUGUACAUUCUUCCAUAUGCUGCUUCUUCUGGUCUCA